AUGGCCGUCAGGGGAACAACCGUCCAUCAUGCGUUUAACAUCUGCACCAUGCAACGCCGAGGAGGUCUUUCCUUCGAACAGAUUCAACUGUAUCGAAGUGCCUUCGCUGAUAUACGAAUCGUCUUCAUUGAUGAAAUUAGUAUGAUCGGUGCUGGAAUUUUUCAUACAAUCAAUGAGCGCUUAAAAAACAUCACGAUGCAGCACGAUGUCCCUUUCGGUGGCAUGGAUAUCAUAUUCAGCGGCGACUUGCGUCAAUUGCCGCCUGUUUGCAUGAAACCUAUAUAUGAACCUUUGACUCGAGGCAUUCACCGUUCUGUGUUGUGGCAGUCUCUAGAAUAUUAUCCUUUGAAUCAUGUGAUGCGACAAGCGGAUUCCCAAUUUUCUUCAAUUUUGACAAAAACUGGUGAUGGUGUCCCACUGGCGAGCGAUGAGCAACGCUUGAUCGAAUCUCGAUUCCGAACUCGCGAAUGGUGUGAAGAACACGCGCACAGUGCCAUACGACUGUUCCACAGAAAUAAUCAGGUCGAGGCCUACAACACCUCUGUCGUGACUCCGAAAUGGGUCGCGGUUGCCACCGACAUAUAUUCCGGUCAUCGAGAUAAUGCACAGCUUUCCUUGUCGCGUUCGAAUGUUCAUAAAAUGUCUCCGGCGGAAACAGGCAAUCUCCUCUAUCACAUACCUUUAGAAUAG